AUGAUCCAAGAGGCAUAUGAAAAAGCCGACGGAAAUCCAUUUUGGAUUGAAGCUCCCGAGAAUCGGUACCUCGUAGUCUCGUCAUGGGAUCAUAUCAAGGAGAUUGACGCCGCCUCAGAGGAUGUGCUCUCUCUCCAGGCCGCCGCCAAAGAGAUCUUACAGCCGCGGUAUACGAUGCAAAACUUCAAUUGGUUUGAUAGGAAAGGGGCGGAUGGCAUGCCACUUGUCAGAACACUAAGAACUCUUCUCACGAACCACCUCCCCGAUAUCUUGCCAGAUCUCCGCCGGUCUAUGUCUGUUCUACUUGAUCGCGCGCAAAGUCCACAACCGGUUGUUAACGGAUCUUACAUUUCACCGGUAUUUCCAAUAAUAAUUGAAGCAAUAUCUCUGACGAAUGCAGCCGCUUUCUUCGGAAGCGAGCUUAGCCACGAUAAAAAAUUUAUGGCGGGAGCGAUCGGUUUCAUCGAACAAACUCUUUUAGCUGCAGAAGCCAUACGCGUGCUUCCCAAAGCCAUCGCACCCUUUAUUGGUGGUAUGAUAGCAAGGAACCUUGGCUCGGGUAAGACCAUAUACGAUGCAUUGAUCCCUAUUGCCGAGGAACGACUGGAGGAAAGAGCGCGAAAGAAACUCGGACACGUCGUUCCUGAACACCAUGACUGCAUACAAUGGGUCAUGGAAUGCUCGCCGCGGUCAAAGCCAUGGUCUGCGGAGAGGAUAGUCCAUGAGCUUAUGGCCCUUUGGUUCGGCUCAGUGCAUAUAACGUCAACGACCGCUUGCUUUGCUCUUCAUCACCUCUGCCUUCACCCAGAGUACAUUGAACCUUUGAGGGACGAAAUUGAAAGUACUGGUUGGGCCCAAUUCGAACAAUCGGGAGGUAAGACCUUCCCACUGCUUGACAGCUUCAUGAAAGAAUCGGCCCGGAUCAAUCCUGUAGAGUCAGUGAGCUCUCGUCGCAUGGCUCUGAAACCUUUUGAGCUGUCCGACGGCUCCAGAGUCGAGGCAGGUGAAUGGAUCUGCACUGCUGCUCGAGGUAUGAUGUUGGACGCGCGUUAUUACACCGCUCCACAAGAGUUUCAAGGUUUUCGAUUCGUUGAUCCUAGCGUCCUUGAGAAAAAGUUUCCUUCUCAUCCAGGUGUUGUAGCUUCACAGCUGCAAGGGACGCCAUCCAACUUCACAGACAUUGGUGACUGGCAACUAUGGGGCACAGGGCGUUCUGCAUGCCCUGGCCGAUUCUAUGCGACUGCAGUCAUGAAAACACUCCUUGCAUUGUUUAUUACCAAGUAUGAUAUGCAGCUUGAAGAGAAGGCCGCUACCCGAUACUUUGCCUGGCGCACUUUCAUAUACCCGUAUGCAAGUACCAAAAUGAUUCUCCGUCCUCGUGCUGCUCUAUAA